GAAGGUGGGUUCAUCUUAUACAUGUACAUAAUAGUUGUGACCGCCAGGUUGAAGGGGCACUUUUUAGGAUUACAUACAUUACAUAUACUUCAUCAGAAUCUCCAUGGCAGUCAAACUGCUCUUUUCUCCAAUACUACUCUUAUAUUUCUUAAUUUCACAAUAGGGUUACCUCAUGUAGCUGUGUGCAACCUUACUAAUUCCCCGUAGAUCUACUACAACACCUUAGCUACAAUGUCUACAUUCAAGCGAGCGUCGCAAUAUGGCGCGACGCCCAGGGCGAGUAUCUUAAGUACAUUGCGAGCGACAUCGAUGUUAGAUACGAAAACGGCUCUGCCAGCCGAAAUCAUUGUCUCUAUACUCGAUUACUUGCCGAUACCAGACCUUCUUCGAUUUGCAAGGACGUCGACCCGAAUGCGUGAGAUGGUAUACGAUGACACGAGAUGGGUAGCGAGACUUAAGAGCAUGGGAUGCUGGAACGAGUUGGAGGCUAGGAAGAGAUUUGAGGAAGCUAUGAAGAGAAAACGGGACGCUGCGGGGCGACCAAAUGCCAACGGCGGACCAAAUUCGAUAGCGGGUAGGCAGACCAGCACAACUAUAUUCGAUGCUGCUUUAGAAGAGGAACACCGGAAAGCUCAAGAAGACAAAGCUUUACAACUCCAGGAAUCGAGGCUCGACGGGUUCGAGACGCUGAGUUUAAACCAAUCACAGUCUAAGUCGCCCUACGAAGAUCCAGAUGCACUACUUGAUAUACUCAAGAACGUUAAGAGUAUACGGGGUCACGCGAGGGAAGAGUAUGGCAAAGUUUAUGGGGCUCUAGCACCCUUUUAUUUUGAUCUAGCACGAGCGAAGAGCCAUACCGAACCAAUCGUGUUUAAGGUGUUUCGAGAUCCAGAGAGGCAAGCACAGAUGCUGUCUAAUUUACAGACCUUUAGCAAAAGUGACUGGACCGAGGGUUAUAUGCAGCGAGAGGCUAAACUCAUUAAUAUGACAACUCUCUUCGAAAGCGCAGUCUUAAGAGAGUUCGAGCAGGGAUACGAGUUCUGGGAUGUUGAUGGCAGGAUGAAGAGAUACGCACAUGUGUUGCAUAAUCUGAACGAGGGUAACGCGGCCAUGGACCUCUUCAUUCACAAGCAUCCAAUUCUCAACGACCGCGGAGUUAUAGGUAAUCCGAUGGAUUGUAUCAACCAAGCUCCCCAGGAUAGCAUUACUCUCGAGCCUUCCCGUGCUUUCUUCGAUUCGCUUGUUAAGAAAGUAAACGAGCAGGGCGAGGUGAUUGGCCGCAUCUUCCCUCAGCCAGCAACUGUUUUCUGGGUCUUCGUGGAUAAAGUUCGAGAAGAAAUCAUCAUGGAGUAUGUUACUCCCUUAUUAGACGAAUGUCAUGAUCGAUACAUGCCAUCCUACCUAAAGGCGGUGUCUGGCUUGUUCGAGCAGUGCAUGGAAUUUGUUCGGUUACUCGUUCCACCAAAAGAUUCUUCCGAAAAAAGUUUAGAAGAUCAUGCAAAAGAGAUAGCUCUGAGAGUGUUUGAGCCACACCUAGAUUUGUACUUGCAAGAGGAGCUGGAUAGUUUGACAAAAUAUGCCGAACGCGAAGUUAUAAACUGGGAGCAGAAGCUCUCGGAGCAAGAGGCUACCGUCGAGUCGUUUUAUAUGGGCAAUUUCAAUCGACAGGCCGACAAAAACGACUUCCUUAGUUCCUUCAAGAAAGUAGUAAUGAUGCCAGUUACAGUCUUACCUUUCGGGACUACCAAGGCAUCUACAACAUCAGCUACUAAUAGCACCACACUUCGACCAUCACUGGCUGGUACACCUGCAUCAUCCCGUCCGCAAACGCCUGGGGUUGGCGAUGCCUCAGAACGGACCGCGAGUCCUCUACCAUCUGAAGCACCCACCGAUGAACUCAAGGCGAAAGCUGCGCUCAUGGCGAACCGGCUUGAAGGGAUCAGAAGUCUUUUCAGUAUCGAGGUCGCUCUUGAUUUAGUGCAUGCUGCGAAAGAAAGCCUCGGAAGAGCAGCGAAGUUUGUAACGCUAGGUGGUCAGGCGGGCGAAGAAGCUCGAGAGCAAUGCGAAGCGAUGUUCGUUGUCCUAGUCAAGAUCCUUGGUCAGGCACAUGUUAAAAACGGGUUUGCAAAAGCCGUGGAGCAUCUUUCCCGGUAUAAUCCUCGAGAAAUAAGCGAUCAUAGCCAAACCGGAGUGGCGCCGCUCGUUAUGUUUAUCGAGUUGGUCAAUGUUGGCGAUAUCAUCUCACAAAUGGUUGACGUAUUUUAUGAGCAGCAACUUGCUGCGCCGAAAAUUGCCGACCGAAACGAUUUCCUCGAUCCUGCGGGCCUAGCGAAAAAGAAAUUUGAGCAGAUGUUGGACGAGAAUGUUGCGGCAGGUCUUAACAAAGGCAUCGACGUGUUGAUGGAUGAAGUCGAAUAUCUCUGCGCUACAACGCAGCUACCUACAGACUUUAAUCCGUCACCCUCCAUGCAAGAGGUUGGGGUGUCUAAGAAUCCCGAUAUAGGCCCAACCACAACCGCAAAGCGCAUUACCGAGCUAGUAGCUUCUCACACGAGGAUGCUAGUAGGGAGCACGGAGAAGACCAUGCUAGACGUGUUUAACGGCGAAGUCGGACUGCGUCUAUUUACGGCCGUGUGUAAACAUAUUAAACGACAGCGUAUCAGCACCGAAGGUGCAAUUAAACUCAUCGCGGAUAUGAACAUGUAUUUCGAAUAUAUCCGGACGCUCAAGAACCCAGAUCUACUAGCAUACUUCAAAGCCCUACGAGAACUAAGCCAGAUAUACCUUAUCGAUGCUAAGCAUGCUAAAGAAAUGGCGAUCAUCAUAGCUGAUGGCGACCGAUUCGGCGGCAUAUUUCGCGCCGAAGAAGUAUACGAGUUUGCCGAAAGAAGAGCCGACUGGUAUCAGGUGAAGAGGGAUGUAGAGAGAGCGAUGUACGGACUCGAGUGUCAAGUCAUGUAGGAGUGACGUGCUUCGUCGCUUGAAGCCUAAAGACGCACUACCUUACAUUUUAUUUGCACUGAUCAAGCCAAUAGCUCCAGCUACAAGGCUGUUCGUUCUUGUGAGAACGUCUAUUAUGAAGAAACGGAUACGUUUACAUCGAUUACUCUGUGGCUUGAUCGCUGAUUGAAAGCACUUGAAACAGUCAAAACCCGGUCUGAUCUCAUACUGAGGUUUAAAGUU